AUGGGUGGCGAACAAGUAUGCAUGGUACGAAAACCAGGCAUCACUACUACCAUGAAGAGUAUGAUUUCUUAUGGAGAGAGUAAUAUGAAAUUCCUAGAGACAAUUGGAUGGGGCCUUGAUGGUGGCAAGCAGGUGCUUCUAGAUAAAGCUAGCAACGUUUUUAGCGGCAAACUACCCCUUAAAUAUCUCAUGGGGUUUGCCGAAGAUUAUUGUAGAGGUAUUUUGAAUAUCAAACAGGAGCUAAUACUCAUCAUAGCUCGCUCAUUCAAGAACUCAUAUAUUGGGGAAGUGGACGCCGAUGUGGAGAUUAACAAAAUUGAGUGGAAGAUAAGACAUGUGAUGCCAUCAGAUAAGCAGAAAUUGAAGCUAUUGACCCGUUUGAAUAGAAGUUCUACGGCAAAAGUGAAAAUUGCAUACAGGAUGUGGGAUCUGUAUGAGUUACCGACUAUUCGUGAAACAGCAUCUGACAUUUGGGCCGUUAAAACUACCAAUAGCCUCGAGCGGCCUCGAUAUAUCAUCAUUGGAUUCCAAAACACUGAUAACACUGAUAAUAGAUCUGAGGAUAUCACACAAUUCACCCAUGCAGGAGUGAGCAAUAUUCGCCUGUAUUUGAAUUCCGAAGUUUAUCCAUACGAGCGAUGGAAUUUGGAUUUCGAUAAGAAAUUAGAUGCAGUAGCCUAUUAUGCAUAUGACAACUUCCAACGUAGUUACUACGGCAAAGACAUGAGCGAACCAAUGAUGAGCAUCGAGGAAUUCCGAAAAAACCCACUAUUCAUCAUUGACUGCAACCACCAACCCGAUGCGAUGAAAUCCUCCACUGUCGACAUCAAACGGAACGACGCCAAUUUACUCUACCUAAUCAACUUGCCCCCAGCAUCCUACGAUACGCAUGAUAACAUCGCCAGGACAAUGUAUGAAAUAACAGUUAUUCUUGAAAUGAGGCCUGCAAGAGAUUGCGAUAUCCCUAAAAACUCAGUAGUGACAACGAAAGCUACACCCCAAGAACAAACCCAAUCAACCUUGAAACCAAGGCAACAACAGGCACCUACAGCUUCGACUCCAACAACCCCAGGUGUUCUUGCCGGCCUGAACGCCAGAUUGGAACAGUUCGACAAAAAACUGGACAACCUGCAAAAAAGCAUCGAAACUACAGAAAAUAAAUAUAAACACGAGAUAGCAGUUCUGCACGAUAAGGUCAAUGAACUUGAAAAAAAGGCGCGUGAUUACCCAAUUCUCGCUGAUCUGUCAGGACAGAAAGUUGUGGGUUUAUUUUUGGUGUCAUCCAAAAUAAUUAUGAAGACAAGCAAGUGCGAGAAACACAACAAGAAUCCUGACAAAUAUAGCUUUGCCGACGGCUGGAGAUUCGUUGUUCUGAAGCAAGGAUAUUCACGGUGUUUCCUGACGUCGUACAGUCGUCCUUCCGGUCGCAUUGUUCUGGAUUUAUGUCCUGGCCGCGCGUACAUUGUCCUGUUAUCCUGUCUGUCUACUGCACACAUAAUGGCCGCAGUGCAGUUUCGAAGGAGAGUUGUUCGUUUCUAA